CUAAAUUAAAUUAGUCUUAUUGACAGCUAUAAGACAAGAUAUUUGUUAGAUGUAUUUCUAUUUUCUAGUUUCUAUUCAUAUUUAAGUGUUUUGUUUUGCUGUCUUCGAUCCUAUUAAUAUUCAAAAUAUCAUAAAUAAAUAUUUGCUUUAAUUAAUUGCAGUUAACUAAAUAACCAAUUAACUGCUGUAUUUUGUAUGAAACUAUGAAUCUAGUUGUGGGAGCUAUUUUAAUUUUUCUAUUAGGUCUAACUGGCACCUCAUCUUCUAGAGUAUUAGAACUAAGUGAUAAAUUUAUUGAUAUAAGCAAUGAUGGAGUAUGGUUUGUCAAAUUUUAUGCACCUUGGUGUGCUCAUUGUCGAAGGAUGGAGCCUAUCUGGGCACAUGUGGCACAGUCUUUGUACAACACCCCAAUUAAAGUAGCAAAAGUAGACUGUACAAGAUUUACAGCAGUAGCCACUCAUUUUAAAGUAAGAGCAUACCCAACCAUAAUGUUUAUAAAAGGUGAAUUUAGGCAUGUUUACUCAGGUGAGAGGGUUGAGGAUGAUAUGGUAAAUUAUGCAAUGAGGAUGGCACAACCAGCAGUACAAAAAGUAUCUCAUGCUGACAGUUUGGGAUAUUUGAAGGAAACACACAAUGUAUUUUUUGGUUACAUUGGAAAACAGCAUGGACCAUUAUGGGAAAUGUUUUCUGUUCAUGCUGAAAAAUAUCAAGCACAUAGCUGGUUUUAUGCAUUGUCUUAUGAAAUAGCUAAAAAAGACUUAAGACCUCCAAACGAGACUGCUGUGUUUGUGUAUAAGGAAGAAGAAAUUUAUUACUUUAAGCCUAAUGCUGAUUUGCUGCAAGAUAGGGAUACCUUAAAUGUUACUUUAAACAAGUGGGUUAAUUCAGAAAGAUUUGGUUUCUUCCCAAAAAUAACAAGAUCGAACAUUAAUGAUUUGAUGGAUACUGAAAAAUUCAUUGUUAUUGCUGUUGUAUCAGAAAAUAAAUUAAAAGAAAUAUCUCAGACUGAACGUGAUUUUAAGGAUAUGAUUGAAAAUAUAAUAAGAAAUAGGAAACAUGAACUCCAUCAUCGAUUUCAGUUUGGCUGGAUGGGGAAUCCUGAGCUGGCUAACUCUAUAGCCAUGUCAGAAUUGACUGUACCUCAUUUGAUAGUUCUGAACUCCACUACUAGUCAUCACCAUAUGCCAGAUGAUGACCCAGUGCUUAUGACCCCAGAAGCAGUUUCGAUAUUCCUUGAUUUAAUACAUAAUCAAAUGGCACCCACAUAUGGUGGCAAUAGUUGGUUAGUUCGGAUGUACAGAGGAUUCUUUGAAGCUAGGACGACUCUUAUAAAUAUGUGGCAAGGCAAUCCUGUACUAACAGCUCUCGUGUUUGGACUGCCUCUGGGUUUUCUUUCCCUAAUUUGUUAUUCUAUAUGUUGCGCUGACAUACUUGACGCUGAUGAGGAGGAAACUCCCGAAACCCACGAGAAAAAGGAUUGAAGUUGAUGAUAGCAUACGCUAAAAUAGCUAUGUAAGAUAAAAUGAUGUUCCAGUUUAGUUUUUUUACAGAACUGUAUUUAUUGUAGAAAAUCAAAUAAGCAACACCAAAAUAUGCUAAUAGCAGAAAUCUGAUUAAUUAUACUUAAUUAAUAACUACCAUGUAAUUAACAUUGCAUGUUGUGCAAACAAUAUUGAAGCUAUGAAAUGGCAUCACCAUUUCAUAUA